ACAUUCGCACAUGUUGCAUCAGUGAAGUAUUCAUUAGACUUGUUUAACACUUUCAUUAGCGACUUUAUUCCCCGUGACUUUUAUUUUGAAGAGUUGACAGCGCACUUGGAAGGCUCGGUUUCUGACCCAAGUGCUACCCUGCACACUUGCGUACUAAGAAGUGUGGUAAGACCCCUCGCCACUGCUGCUGGAGUCGCCUGGAUGCGCACUAUUUUUUCAUACUAGUUAGUAGUCUAGUAUGCGACUUGCGCUUGUUGGUCAAAACAAGUGUGCGGAAGAUGGCGACGGACGGAGGCAGUGACUGCGGCUCACACAGCAUGGAUAAAAGCAUAACCCUUCCUCCGGAUGAAAUCUUUCGCAAUCUGGAAAAUGCUAAGAGGUUCGCAAUAGAUAUAGGUGGCUCGUUGACAAAGCUGGCGUAUUACUCCACUGUACAGCACAAAGUGGCCAAAGUGAGAUCGUUCGAUCAUACGGCCAAGACGAGCUUUCAGAACGAAACCGAAGGAGACCCUCUGUACGAGAUCUCGGUCCAGGAGGAGAUCACGGCUCGGCUCCACUUCAUCAAGUUCGAGAACCGGUACAUCGAAACCUGCCUGGAUUUCAUUAAAGACCACCUGGUGAACACGGAAACCAAAGUUAUCAAGGCUACCGGAGGAGGAGCGUACAAGUUCAAAGACCUGAUUGAGAAGAAGUUAAAACUCAAAGUGGACAAAGAGGACGAGAUGUCGUGUCUUAUCAAGGGCUGUAAUUUCGUGCUGAAGAAUAUCCCUCACGAGGCUUUUGUUUACGCAAAGCACGCCGACCCGGAAUUUCGCUUCCAGAACACACACCCGGACAUCUUCCCUUAUCUCCUGGUCAACAUCGGCUCUGGAGUUUCCAUCGUCAAGGUGGAAUCCGAGGACAAAUUUGAGCGCAUCGGUGGAAGCUCCAUCGGCGGUGGGACGUUCUGGGGUCUCGGAGCUUUGCUUACAAAAACCAAGAGAUUUGAUGAGCUUUUGCAGUUGGCCUCUAAAGGACAGCACACCAACGUAGACAUGUUGGUUAAGGACAUCUACGGGGGAGCGUCCGUCUCUUUGGGACUGCCGGGAUACCUCAUAGCGAGCAGUUUCAGCAAAUCUGCCACCACUGAUAAAGAGUUUUCCAAAGAAGACAUGGCUAAGAGCCUGCUGCACAUGAUCAGUAAUGAUAUCGGUCAGCUGGCCUGCCUGUACGCCCGACUGCACAACCUCGCCAGAGUUUACUUCGGAGGAUUCUUCAUCCGGGGACACCCAGUGACCAUGCACACCAUCACCUACAGCAUCAAUUUCUUCUCCAAGGGCGAGGUGCAGGCUUUGUUUCUAAGACACGAAGGCUAUCUGGGUGCUAUCGGGGCUUUCCUGAAGGGUGCGGAAGAAGACAAUCCUAAUCAGUACAGCUGGGGGGAAAACUACGCCGGCAGUUCAGGCCUCAUGAGCGUGUCUCCAGAUCUGAAUCCUAUGCAGCGGGCACGGAGCGGCACAUUUGACAUGCUGGAGAUGGAUCGUUUGGAGAGGCAGCUGGUGAACCUGCCGCUCCUGCAGGACCCAUCGUCUUACAUCCCCGACACUGUGGACCUCACAGAGGACGCUCUGGCCAGAGAGUACUGGCUCUACUGUUUCGAGGAAGCACUGGACGGGGUGGUGAAGCGAGCCGUGGCCAGUCAGAAAGACCAGCCCGAGGCCAUCGAGAGGGCAGAGAAGUUCCGUCAGAAGUACAGACACAAGCUGCAGACGUUACGUCAACAGCCAUUUGCAUACGGAUCCCUCACUGUUCGGAGCCUGCUCGACACCAGGGAACAUUGUCUGAACGAAUUCAACUUUCCUGACCCCUAUUCUAAGAUCAAGCAGAAGGAGAACGACAUGGCGCUGAAGUACUACGAGAAGGUGGUGCAGUCUCUGGAGGAGCUGAGCUGGGAGCAGAGGCAGUUCGCUCUGGUCCGAGGCCUGCUGGCGGGCAACGUGUUCGACUGGGGAGCCAAAGCUGUGUCCGACAUUCUGGAAACUGAUCCGCAGUUCGGGUUUGAACAGGCAAAGCAGCAGCUGCAAGAGCGUCCUUGGCUUGUCGACGCGUAUAACCAGUGGAUUGAAAGACUGAAGGGUGCUCCUCAUAGAUGUGCAUUGUUUUUCGUAGAUAAUAGUGGAGUGGAUAUCAUUCUGGGAGUUUUCCCCUUUGUAAGAGAACUCCUCAUUCGAGGCACAGAGGUCGUUCUUGCGAGCAACUCGGGUCCCGCGUUAAACGACGUCACCAACAGUGAACUGCAGAUCGUCACUGAGAGAAUAGCUGCUAUGGAUCCUGUCAUUCAGGCCGCAGUAAAAGAGGACAGGCUGACGUUGGUUCAGAGCGGAUCCAGUUCUCCAUGUCUGGACUUGAGUCGAUUGGACAAAGUCCUGGCCACGGUGGUACGUGAGCGCGGCACGGACCUGGUGAUCAUCGAAGGCAUGGGCCGCGCCAUCCACACCAACUACUACGCCAUGCUGAACUGCGAAAGCCUCAAGCUGGCCGUCAUCAAGAACUCGUGGCUGGCCGAACGGCUCGGCGGCAAGAUCUUCAGCGUGGUCUUUAAGUACGAAGUUCCUUCCAAAACUCAGGGGCAACAUUAAAAGAACGUUUCUGACGCACAUUCAUUUCAGUCAGGAAGGUAGAAUAGAUAGGAUAAGGGACGGUGAGCCGUCGCACGCAUCCGGGACGUGUCGGGUUUCACGCCCGUGCCUCUGUGCUACUUCUUGGGGAUUGACACGAUGAUUGUAUACACGAUGGUGGAAUCGUGUUUGUGUGUGUUUUUUUUUUUUUUUUCUUUUAAUCCCAAUCAGUAAUAAAAAGCAGGUCCUGCUCAUCACAUGUUCACACCUGCUUGGAAAUUUCGUGCUUCUCAAACAAUCGCUGUUGUUACGUCUGGAUUGCAGGGUAAAUUUUUUUGGGGGGGUAGAAGGGUGUCUGAGACCGAAAGGUUCUCGAGCAGUGUUUUGUCGAGACCCCGGUCACGAUUCAGAAUGAAAUGACUUUAGAUUGCUGGAGUUUUGGGUAAAAUUAGUGGUGCUGAGCAAACAUUAAAGAAGAAAAACAACACAAUAUGAAGUCGGUUAUCUUACCAAAGCACAGAUCUAAAAUCUCAAAGGCUUUGUAGUUCACAGUGAAUCGUGUACCAUUUUGGAUUGUGCUUCUGAGCAAGUGGUUCCUCGUUCUCUGUUCAGACAUUCGAACCGAGAGCGCAAAAGUGGUGGAACGUUACAGGGCUAACCGUGCUUUCUGGUAGAUGAUGAUGAUGAUGAUGAUAUUUAACGUAACGUAUACGUACGUAUGUGCCUUGAGUCAGUAUGGUGACCUGUUAUUUUAAAUAACGGCGCGCUAUGAAGUGUGUGUGUGUGUGUGUGUGUGUGUGUGUGUGUGUGUGUGUGUCUUGCUGGACAGAAAAGCAGUGUUUUAAUGGGAGUCCAGCUUUAAAUUAAAGGAAUACUCCGGGAUGCUUUUUAAACCCGAUCUCUAUGCAGCGCGUCUGUAGAGAAGAACGUUAACAUUCUUAACACCGCGCUCUUGAAGUCUGAUCGUUGAUUAACUUGCACAGGGACUCCAUAAUGGACGAGAUCCAUACUUUUCCAGUUUGUCAGUGACGACAUGCUUUUUUUCCUUCUUCUUCUUCUUCUCCUUCUUCUUGUGGUUUUUGUUAUCUUCGAGAAGAAAAAAAGAGGCUUGUGAAGGAACAAGUGAUGACAGGAACUCGCUCAUCUUAGUCGUUCUACAUCAAUCCUAACUAUAAAUGGAUAAAAAUAAGUGCAGGUUUUGUUCUUUAAUCAAUAUUAUGAAAGAGUUUGACAGUUGAGCAAAAGUGCAAAAGUUUGUAUCCCCUUAAAGCGCAAACAAGGCUUAAAAAAAAAAAACAGUGUGGGGGAGGGGUAGAUAAAUAAAAUAAGUAUUUGCUAAUAAUCCAAAUAUUCCGUUCACACUUUCUGUGAAAUUGCUAAUCCUUUGGAUCAUUGUAUCGUGAGCAAGAUAACACACUUUAUUUAUUUAUUUAUGUAUUUAUUUAUUUUUGUUGUUGGUGGUGGCGUAGUGGUUAGCACUGUUGCGUCACAGCAAGAAGGUUCCGGGUUCAGACCCAGCAACCGACGAAGGCCUUUCUGUGUAGAGUUUGAAUGUUCUCGCCGUGUCUGCGUGGGUUUCCUCCGGGUGCUCCGGUUUCCCCCCGCAGUCCAAAGACAUGUUUAGGUUAAUCGGUGGCUCUAAAUUGACCGUAGGUGUGAGUGUGAAUGGUUGUUUGUCUCUAAGUGUCAGUCCUGCGAUGAUCUGGCGACUUGUCCAGGGUGUACCCCGCUUCUCGCCCAUAGUCAGCUGGGAUAGGCUCCAGCUUGCGUGCAGUGCUGUACAGGAUAAGCAGUUACGGAUGAUGGAUGGACGGAUAUAUUUUUUCAUUGUUGUUAAAUUGUGUAGUCGAGAUACAGUACUAAUGGAUCCCCCCCCACCAGUAAACCAUAAGGGGCGGUUGGGGCACAAACUUUUGCACUCAACAGUAAGGGUUUCACCUAAAGGUUUAUGAACUGCCCCAAUAACUGCACUUAGACUUCUAUAUUUUUUGCAGUUUGAUGUAAACGGGUUUUCGUUGUUUGUUUGUUUGUUUGUUUUGUUUCUCAAAACAGAUGCUUGGAAUAGAGAUUACGUUAAAAAAAAUCCUGGAGUAUUUCUUAAAUCCAUUCUUUUCACUCACUACCAUUCAGGGAUAGCUGCUAAAGUAUGUUGUGUUGAAAGAAAAAUAAAAAUCUGAAGGGUGUUAAUACAGUGAGGGCGCUGCAGUACCACUAGCUGCCACAGGGUGUCAGUGUUGUAUGAUUAAAAACCAGCUCCGUGCAUCACUCAGCUCAUUACUGUGUGUGUAGCUGCAGUGCAAUCCAGUGUUUUAAUUUCAUUUUGUUUCUAAGCAUCACAGCUUAUAGUAUUCCUAAGAUUAUAAUUUUUUUUUUAAUCAUUUGUUAUUUUUCGUUAAUCUAAAUCCUCUUCAGGGUUGUUGAGAUAAACGUGGCCUCUCUGUCAGAGAAGCCACAUUCAGCAUCGUUCGUUCACCCUAAGGGAGAAAUUAAUCAGAUUAGCAGAUAAAUUCAGCCCGGAGGAUUUCAUCUUGCACAGAAUCACAUGCUUGUAAUGAAAGGGCUGCUGUGUACAUGCAAGGAAUCUUCUCUGUUGCAUAGCAAGAAGAGGGAAGGGAUUUGAUCAUAAACCUUGGUUAUGAAAUUAUAAAUCAUUUGCGAUAUUUAAUUUCAGUCAUUCAUUUAGCCACUUUUUUUUAUUUGCUGAAGCUUUUUUUUUAUUUUAAAUUUUUAAUCAGUAUUAGAUUUAUAUAUAAUGAUAAAUAAACCAGAUAGAAGAAGCAAGGAAGUCAGUGAUCGCAAUAACAUUGAGAGUUAAGAGUUUAUGGGAUGCACAAAACGCAUAUGUCUGAAUGUGUUCCUUCAGUCAGAGUCGUUAGUCGACAAAACAACUUCUUUCAGACCAAAGCUGUUCGUAUCAUCCACUGUAUUUCCCCCGUGUAUCCAAAUUCGUCUUUAGAUUUUGUAAAGUCGUGGAUCUGUAAAUAGAAUGUAAGUGUGUACAUAAGUGUUGCAUUCAUUUUGGCAUUUCUGACAUGCACAGUAUUUUAGCUAAAAAUGAUAUCUACGUUCUCUUGACAAUCACAUGGGAGUCGAUGUUAAAUAUAUUUUGCAAUGUCUUCACACAAUAA